UUCUACAUGUGAGGUGACAGUUGUGCAGAGAAUAAAGUGUAGGACCUGGCAAAGUUGUGGACAGAAUCACGUUAUAUAAUGUCUUGACUGUCUAGAUGACCAAAUGGCAAUCUUGUAAUGUUUCCAUCCGUCUUAUUUACGAUUUUCAUUCAUCCAAGGACAUGAGCAUUGAUAGAUGACAUAGAACACUAACAAAGUAACAUGGGUCUUUUUCUGAAGAUUUUUGUGGAUUAUGCAAGUUUUGUUUUCCCUAUCGUCACAGGAUUGUUAGCGGUAAUUUUUGUGGCCUUGAUAAGAAAGAAAAAGUCAAAGAAGUACAUCAGCACACACAGACCAUGUAGAUCUAGUACUGAGCCAGAUGUCCUGAUCAUUGGUUCUGGUGUGUUGGGCACAUCUAUGGCUGCAGUCCUGGGUAAAGAUGGUAGGAAAGUGACAGUGAUUGAAAGGGACCUCAGACAGCCAGACCGCAUUGUGGGAGAACUGUUACAGCCUGGGGGCUACAAUGCUCUGAAGAAGUUGGGUCUCAGUGAAUGCACAGAAGGGUUUGAUGCUCAUGUAGUGAAAGGGUAUAUUAUCCAUGACAAUGAGUCAGGCUCUGAGGUACAAAUACCUUACCCCAAAGAUGACCAGGAGGCAGUUCUUUCUGGACGAGCAUUUCACCAUGGGAGAUUUGUCUCAGCAUUGCGUAAAGCUGCCAUGCAACAAGAGAAUGUGACGUACUUAGAAGGUACAGCAAAUAAAUUGGUGGAAACAGAUGGAGUUGUUACAGGUGUCAUGUACAGGGAGAAGGACUCUGAAGAAAUCAAGACAAUUCAUGCACCUCUAACAGUUGUAGCAGAUGGAUGCUUCUCCCGCUUCAGAAAGAAUCUGGUGAAGGAGAAAGUAACAGUCAAGUCCCAUUUUGUUGGCACAAUAAUGACAGAUUGCCCACAAAAAAUGCCAAACCAUGCAGAACUAGUGCUGGCAGAGCCCAGCCCCAUUCUGGUAUAUCAGAUAUCGUCCAGGGAGACCAGGGUGCUUGUGGAUAUUCGUGGGGAAAUGCCUCCAGAUUUGAAGGUGUUCAUGGUUGAGAAUAUUGCGCCACAGUUACCAGAACAUAUAAGAGAGCCUUUUUUAGACAGCAUACAGAAUGGCAAACUGAAAAGCAUGCCAAAUAGUUUCCUCCCUCCUUCCCCCAUAGAAAAACUGGGUGUCAUUUUACUAGGAGAUGCUUUAAACAUGCGCCAUCCACUCACUGGGGGAGGGAUGAGUGUAGCAUUGAAUGAUGUUGUCAUAUGGAGAGACUUGCUAAAAGACAUUUCAGACCUGUAUGACUAUGAUAAGAUAACGAAAGCUUUAAACACCUUUCAUGUCAGGAGAAAGAAUAACCACUCCUUUGUGGUGAAUAUCCUUGCACAGGCACUGUAUGAAUUAUUUGCUGCAACUGAUGAACAUUUAAGAAGACUAAGAAGGGCCUGCUUUGAGUACUUCAAACUAGGUGGAGAGUGUGUAAAUGGACCUGUGGGUCUGCUGUCGGUGUUGAAACCUAAACCUUUCAUCCUGAUAGGGCAUUUCUUUGCUGUUGCCUUGUAUGCAGUCUAUGCUGUAUUUCGGAUGGAGCCAUUGUGGGCUGCUCACAGGGCCUUGCUCACAUCUGCUGGAAUAUUUUUCAAAGCCUGUGGUGUUAUUUUUCCUCUGAUAUGGAGUGAAGUCAAAACACUUGUUGGAACCACUUCAUUUUUAUAAAAUUUUUGAACAUGGAACAUACACGAGACUUGCAAUUUACUUGCCUGGUGGCAUUGCAGUAACAUGUAUUUUAUGUAUUAAUAUUGCUGCCUUUAUUGUAUUGUUUGUGAUUUAAUGGUUCAUUAUUCAAUUUAUGCUAGGACCCAAAAUAUCUUCUAUCUGAGAUUCAUGUAAAACGGAGGUUUCCUCCUCUGACAAACCUGUCUGACAUUUUAUGGGAAAACUGCUUAUUUCAUACAACUGAGAGUAGUUCUUCCACAUCAAGGAUUUGGAUAAAGUAAAUUAUAAGGUUUGUUUGUGGAAAAUGCAUGCUCUUGUACAAACCUUGCAGUCAUGUGAGAUUAACAUGUACAAAUGUGUGCCCAUUGUCUUGCUGAUAAAAAAGAAAACGAGAUAAUCACUGAUAUACAUGUACAUUUCACUGUCGGCUUAAUCAAUGACCUAUGUACUCAGUAGAUCUCAUUGGCCUAAUAAAUGGACUUGUUGCCGGACUCAGAAAUAAAGAAUACAAAUUGUAUUUGCCAUAUU